GGAAGUGCCGGCGCCGCCACGGACCGGCCACAGCCCCGCACUCGGUCGCCGUCUCGCCCUGGGCAUCCCCGCUCUGAGUGUCUGGCACCAGAAAUAAACAGCCACCAUGUCGAGCAAAAAGGCCAAGACCAAGACCACCAAGAAGCGCCCUCAGCGCGCCACGUCCAAUGUGUUCGCCAUGUUUGACCAGUCACAGAUCCAGGAGUUCAAAGAGGCCUUCAACAUGAUCGACCAGAAUCGAGAUGGCUUCAUCGACAAGGAGGACCUGCACGAUAUGCUUGCCUCGCUGGGGAAGAACCCCACCGACGCCUACCUGGAUGCCAUGAUGAACGAGGCGCCGGGCCCCAUCAACUUCACCAUGUUCCUCACCAUGUUUGGGGAGAAGCUGAACGGCACAGACCCCGAGGACGUCAUCCGCAACGCCUUCGCCUGCUUCGAUGAAGAAGCCACAGGCACCAUUCAGGAGGAUUACCUGCGAGAGCUGCUGACAACCAUGGGAGACCGGUUUACAGACGAGGAAGUGGACGAGCUCUACAGAGAAGCUCCUAUCGACAAGAAGGGCAAUUUCAAUUACAUCGAGUUCACGCGCAUCCUGAAACACGGGGCCAAGGACAAGGACGACUGAGAGCUUCAGUCCACAUCUUCUCUUCCACUCUGAUACUCCCCUCACCCUCAUAGAGCCUGUUGCAUGCAACUUAGUUUCACAGCUUUGCCCCCUUUUUGAUGUAUUUAUUCCAGACCUUUCUGCCACUUAUUAGCACAUGUAUAAUCAGACUGGAAAUGGGGACAAGGCUGUAAAUUGUAUCAAAAAAGAGAUUGCGAAUAAAAAUCGGCAAAUGUGAAAGCCCAGGAAAUAUAUCCGUAUUUCUGGUUUUGCUGGAUUUUUACCUUUUUACAUAAUAAAAAUGCUAUUUUGAAAUAAAGACGAUGCUGACUCAAAUGAAA